UUUCUCUGUUGUCUGCAGGUGUCCAGGACUAAGCCUGUAUGUGUCACCUGCAGUGCCCAUCUACAAUGCCAUCAUGUUUCUCUUUGUGCUGGCCAACUUCAGCAUGGCCACCUUUAUGGACCCAGGAAUUUUCCCCCGAGCUGAAGAGGAUGAAGACAAAGAAGAUGAUUUCCGAGCUCCUCUUUACAAAACAGUGGAGAUCAAGGGCAUCCAGGUGCGCAUGAAAUGGUGUGCCACCUGCCGCUUCUACCGACCUCCUAGAUGUUCCCACUGCAGUGUCUGUGACAACUGUGUGGAGGAAUUUGAUCAUCACUGCCCUUGGGUGAACAACUGUAUUGGUCGCAGGAACUACAGAUAUUUCUUCCUUUUCCUCCUUUCCCUGACAGCCCACAUUAUGGGUGUGUUUGGCUUUGGCCUCCUUUAUGUCCUCUAUCACAUAGAGGAACUCUCAGGGGUCCGCACUGCUGUCACAAUGGCAGUGAUGUGUGUGGCGGGCUUGUUUUUCAUCCCUGUAGCUGGCCUCACAGGAUUUCAUGUGGUGCUGGUGGCUAGGGGACGCACAACCAAUGAGCAGGUUACAGGUAAAUUCCGGGGAGGUGUGAAUCCCUUCACCAAUGGCUGCUGUAACAAUGUUAGCCGUGUCCUCUGCAGCUCUCCAGCACCCAGGUAUUUGGGGAGACCAAAGAAAGAGAAGACAAUUGUGAUUAGACCGCCUUUCCUUCGACCAGAAGUGUCAGAUGGGCAGAUAACUGUGAAGAUCAUGGAUAAUGGCAUCCAGGGAGAACUGAGGAGGACUAAGUCCAAAGGAAGCCUAGAGAUAACAGAGAGUCAGUCUGCAGAUGCGGAACCUCCACCUCCUCCUAAGCCAGACCUGAGCCGAUACACAGGGCUGCGAACACACCUCAGCCUGGCUACUAAUGAGGAUAACAGUCUCUUGGGCAAGGACAGCCCCCCUACACCUACCAUGUACAAGUACCGACCAGGUUAUAGCAGCAGCAGCACAUCAGCCGCCAUGCCUCAUUCCUCCAGCGCCAAGUUGAGUCGAGGAGACAGCUUGAAGGAACCAACCUCAAUUGCAGAUAGUAGCCGCCAUCCCAGCUACCGCUCAGAGCCCAGCUUGGAGCCAGAGAGCUUCCGGUCUCCCACUUUUGGAAAAAGCUUUCAUUUUGAUCCACUGUCCAGUGGUUCACGAUCCUCUAGCCUCAAGUCAGCCCAGGGCACGGGCUUUGAGUUGGGGCAGUUGCAGUCCAUUCGUUCAGAGGGGACCACCUCCACCUCCUAUAAGAGCCUGGCCAAUCAGACACGCAAUGGAAGUCUAUCUUAUGACAGCCUACUCACUCCUUCAGACAGCCCUGAUUUUGAGUCAGUACAGGCAGGGCCUGAGCCAGACCCACCUUUAGGCUACACUUCUCCCUUCCUGUCAGCCCGGCUGGCCCAGCAACGGGAAGCUGAGAGGCACCCACGUUUGGUGCCAACCGGCCCACACCGAGAGCCCUCGCCAGUUCGUUAUGACAAUCUGUCUCGUCACAUUGUGGCCUCCCUCCAGGAACGAGAGAAGCUGCUACGACAGUCACCUCCACUUGCAGGCCGUGAGGAAGAACCAGGCAUGGGAGACUCAGGCAUUCAGUCCACACCAGGCUCAGGCCAUGCCCCUCGUACCAGUUCCUCUUCAGAUGAUUCAAAGAGAUCACCUUUGAGCAAGACUCCACUGGGACGCCCAGCUGUUCCUCGUUUUGGCAAACCAGAUGGGCUAAGGGGCCGGGGACUAGGGUCCCCUGAACCAGGCUCAACUGCCCCCUACCUGGGCCGAUCAAUGUCUUAUAGCAGCCAAAAAGCCCCAUCUGGUGUCUCUGAGACAGAGGAAGUGGCAUUGCAGCCAUUACUGACACCCAAAGAUGAAGUACAGCUCAAGACCACCUACAGCAAAUCCAAUGGGCAGCCCAAGAGUAUAGGCUCAACUUCCCCUGGCCCAGGCCAGCCACCUCUCAGUAGCCCCACAAGGGGAGGAGUCAAGAAGGUGUCAGGGGUGGGUGGUACCACUUAUGAGAUUUCUGUGUGAAUCUUGGCACCUCCCCUCCCCCACACCUCUGCACCUACACCAAAGGGCCGCAGGUGGCCACCUUCCUUCCCUCAAGGGGCUCCCCUACUUUGCAUGGACAUUUUAAAAUCACCGAUUCCAAGAGGAUGAGGCUUGUUUUACAAAAUGCCAUGGGGUUGAGGAGAGUUGGGGCCCUGAGACAGGGGUGGCAACUCCUCCCCCCUUUGAUCUUUUAAGACCUUCCCUUCUUUGAUCCCUGGACUAGACUCAGUGGACAUUUGUGCAAUUGCUCGCCCUGGAGGGAACCAGAUCAUUUUUAAACCAGAAAUAAUUUUUUUUAUUAUUGUUACGGAUUCUAUUUUUUUCCUCUUCUCCGUUACCAGGUGUGUGUGUACAUAUAUAUAUAUAUAUAUUAUAAAUAUCAAAGAAAUUAUAUAUCUAUCCUGGGAUGGGAAAACAAGGGAGGGAUAUAUAGAUAUAUAUAUAUAUAUAUAUAAGGAGGGGGAUUUUAUUCUUCCCUUUCCUUAGACCAGCAGGAAAAAGAGACAUUAAAGUCUUCCUUUUCCCCAUGGUUCCCUCUUUUGUCCCAGUUAUCAACUAAGGAAAUAGCACCCUCUGCUGGUGCUAGGUGAUUAGGAAAGAACCCUGGGUAAGUCUGGGCUUCUUGGUCAGAUAAAGGAACUUGCAGAGUUUUCUAGGCUCAUUGACAUCUAGUUUCCCCCAGAAAAGGGGUCACAGUUCCAUGACGGUGGUGGGAGAUCAGGAGAAGAGCUUGGCCUAGUUUACAGAAACAUCAGGCAGCCUCCCCCCCCCCCCAUUUUCGGGAGACAGGGAUUGUGGUGGGCUUAGUGAGCCCCUUCAAAGCAUCCCUAUAACUUAGUUAAAAUGAUCUUAAAAUCCAAGGCCAGAAGAGAAGAAUCCAAAAAGCAAUAUUUUUCAUUAUAUGCCAAAAAUGGGAUAGAGAAGGAGUGGCAGGCCUAGGCCCCUCCGAUUGUCCCCUGGGUUUACCCCUUAGCCCACCUCAACAUGGUGCUGGGUAGAGGGGUAGCUGGGUUCUAACCUUUAAACAGGGAAGACCCCAGCCUCUAUACAGAGACCCUUUAAUUUUUUUAUUCUGAUUAGCCAUUUUAAACCAACAUGGAAUAAAAUAAAUCCUGAUCUAACCAGCUCCCCCUGACUUGUGUUUUAUCUGGUUAAGGCAAGGUGAAUGGUCUUGUCAAAAGGGAAGCCUCAUUGUCUGGUCUGCUUUUAUUCUGCUAUCAAAUGCCCUGCCGGAUGAGAACAACCUAACUUUUCAUAACAAAAAUGUCCUGUCUUUUGGAGUCUUCGAGAACUCGUGUCAUUCUUUAAUUUCCUCUUUAGAAAGUAAA